AUGACGAGGCAUAUACAGAAGGCAGGGGCCAAGCUGCCCAACAUCGUCUUCAUCGUCGCCGACGACAUGGGCUGGAACGACGUGAGCUUCCACGGCUCGGACCAGGUGCCCACGCCCAACAUCGACGCCUUGGCGUACCACGGAGUGAUCCUCAACGGCCACUACGUGCAGCCAGUCUGCACGCCGUCCCGGUCGGCCAUCAUGACCGGGAAGUACGCCCUUCACUUUGGCAUGCAGGGCCACGUGAUCCUGGGGGACGAGGUGCACGCGCUGCCCGAGGGCAAGAUCCUGCCGCAUUACCUCAAGGACCUGGGCUACGUCACCAGGGCCAUCGGCAAGUGGCACCUGGGCCACUACUCCAAGGUCUACACGCCCACCUACUGCGGGUUCGACUCCCACCUCGGCUACUGGAACGCCGGCGUCGGCUACUACGACUACAUAUUCGAGGACAGGGUAACCAUCCCGCUUCUUUCCAGCGAUAGAAAUAAGCUCAGCGGGUACGACCUGCGCGAGAACCUGACGACGGCGUGGCAGUGCAACGGCAAGUACGCGACGGACGUGUUCACCGAGGAGGCGGAGCGGCUGAUCCGGGACCACGACACGGAGCGGCCGCUGUUCCUCUACUUGGCGCACCUCGCCUGCCACCCCGGGGACCACUCGCAGCUCAUCAACGCCCCGCAGGACCUCAUCAACAGCUUCUCCUACAUCUCGCACCCUGACCGCCGCAUACUCGCAGCGGUGAUGGCGAAGAUGGACGAGUCGGUGGGGCGUGUGGUGGCAGCCCUCCAUGAGUGCGACAUGCUCAACAACUCCAUCAUAGUGUUCGUCGCCGACAACGGGGUGGGCAGCGACGUCAACUGGGGCUCCAACUUCCCGUUCAGAGGCCAGCUAGAUUCAACGCAGCUCUUCUGUAUGUGCACACUGAAGCUUGAAUGUAGGAACAUACCCUUGUCGCUUACGGAGCUGCCUUUUCCAGGAGGUAAUGCGUCAGACCUGCCGGACGACCUGGACGGCGUGAACAUGUGGCCGCGGCUGGUCUCUGGAGAGCCCAGCCAGCGCACGGAGAUACUCCUCAACUACGACGAGGUGGCCGAGAACGGCGCAGUCCGCGUCGGCGACUGGAAGCUGGUCAAAGGUGUGCAGAACAACGACUACUACGCCGGGACGAGCGGCGCUGAGGACCCGCUGUUCACGGCGGCCUACGGCCCAGAGGAGGUGCUGGCCAGUCCAGUGGGGCAGGCGCUCUCCAGCGUGGUCGGGGCGUCCCCAGAGGCGGAGGACGUGCUGCGGCUGCGAGCUGAGGUGACCGUGUCCUGCCCGCAGCGGCCCGCCCACGGGCUGUGCAACAUCACGAGCAGCAGCGGCUGGUGCAUCUUCAACAUCAGGCAGGACCCGUGUGAGGCGGGUGACGGCGCUCCCGCCGACAUGCCGGAGGGCCUGUUGGACACUCUGCUGGAGCGGCUGGAGACGCUGUCGCAGCCGCUGAUGCCGCAGCCGGGGGCCAACGUCACGCAGACCGACCUGGCCGACCCCAAGCGCUGGAACAACACCUGGGUGCCCUGGGUCGACUGCAUCGCCGACAACGCAGACCCCAUGUGCAACGUCGUCACGUAG